AUGCCUAUUGGAUUUCUCUUAAGCUCCGAUGUAGAGUCGGAGCCUCAACCUGAACGCACCAGAAACCGUGGUCGGGAUGAUGAUGGUGCCACGUUCGAAGAGCACCUGGAUCGCCUACGCGGUCGACAUCCCAGAAGAAGCGACAGAAACAGUGAAGUCGUUUUGCGCGGCCAUCAACCUCAGGUUAAUCGCACCAGCACCUCUCGCGCAUUAUAUGAUCGAAGACAUCCAGCAAGCCGUAGCACAGAAGAGAAGAAAGAAAGUGGCCACGAGCCUCCAGUCGGAGGAUAUCAACUUGUGCUGAGUCCUCAAAACGCUAAAGACUGCACUGUGCAUUUCGAGAUGGACAUCGAAGAUGACCUCGAGGUCCAACUGGAGGAGUUCUCACGGCUGAAACGAUUGGGUCGCUUCGGCGCCGCUCGAGAGAUGUUUCAGCGCGAACUGGCAGAGCGUACAGCAUACUCUCUCCCUGUCCUCAUUGAGCACGCAGACAUGCUCUAUGAUCAGGGUGACUAUCGCGGUUUCUCUGACCUGGUACUGGGGUACCGUCGACGUCUGGCCAAACGUGAUUUCAAUGCCAUUGAACAAUUACUUUUUGAACUCAAUGAAGCAUUAGCAGAGACUCUUCUUGGUGAGGACCCAGAAAUCAGACAUAGAUCUUAUCUUGGAGAAGCCAGAGCGCUCUUCAAUGUUGAAAGCAAUGUCGAUUCCAUUGAGGUCCAAAUCCUGAAUCGACUUCUGAGAAUAUGGGCGUUGCGUGAAGGCGAGCAGCGAAAGAGGAGAAACAUUCGUCAUGUGGUGAAGUCAACUUAUCGUCCAGUUUCCAAGGCCUUGAUCGCUCAAGAGCGUUUCUGGGAGUUGAAAGACUUAAUCGCAGAGAUAGCCAACGUCAGCAUUGACGACGCGUGGCUCAGAAUGUUCGCGAGCGCGUACGGCGACGAUUCUUCACUCCAGGAAAUGAUUGAUGACUUUACUCCUGGGCCAUACGAUGAAUCUUCUUAUUUGGCACUACUCGAUGUUCUAGUGGCAUUAUCUGGGUUUCCUUUCUCCAAGCAAUCAUUCACGGACCCUGAUAGCUUGUCAGCAACCGGACAUAUUCUCCAAUGGGCUCGUCAGGUUGUCAGCGCCAUCGAAACAAAAAGUCCCGAUCUGGUCAAGUCACGACCGUAUAUUCGCUGGAUCCUAGCGGAAGCAGAGCAUAGCCGUCGUCUUGAAGGCGAUGUGAUCCGGCAACAUUUUUCCCGAUUCCCAGGCGUUACGGUUUAUAGAAGCUUGGUGCCCAUUUACAUCCCCAGAGCUUGCGAGAACCCCGGUUGGCCGGAGGUUCAUGCGUGCCCACAGUAUACUAGGCUUGUUCAGAUAGCUCUCAGGACAGCUCGAGCAAUGGGUGACUUCCAAAGCGAAGUCCUAUGCCUGCAGGAGUUGAUUUGUCGAUCUUCACAUCCGCGGGAAUUGUUCGAACAGUUGAAGCAGCGGCAAAGACAGAUUGAGGGCAAUUCAAUUGCAUACCGACAGACCUGUCUAUCCAUGUAUCUGUUGCAAGACAUGGGAUCCUCGCACUCAUUGGAAGCUUUGCUGAAUGAAUAUCACCUCAUCAACUCUCCUACUCAGAGCCUCACCCGUCGAAACCAAGAUGGAUUUACCCAGUGGUGCUAUAUCAUGCUACAACGGGCUUUUGCCAUCUAUGCGGGGAAAGAUAAGGAGGAGCUGGAAGACGAGGCUUCGCGCCUUUCAAGAAAGCUUCCCUAUGAUGUUGCUUCUCUUGUCAAUGGGACAGCCAUAUUCAGACGUCCGCUCCGAGUUUCGAUCCCCUCCAGCAGCGACUCCGGUUCCGAUGAUGACUCUGACGACGACGGCGAUCACGAAAAGGAAGCCGAAAAGAGUUUUCCCAGUAGGACCUUCCGUCGUACUAAGGUCCGAAGAGAGCCUCUAAAGCCGGAAGUCGACCCCCGCGAAUCGAGAAAUUCUGAUCUACUCCCUUCCAAAUCUCAACCCCUCACCGAUGUGAAAGACAUCCAUGACAGCAACAAAGUUAUUGGUGUGGAUCAGAUGGUUCAAACCGAAAAUUCUGGUGGUAAGCAUAAUGCAACGCCGCAUAUCGCCAUUGAUCAACCAUCUACCGAGGCCAAUGCAGACGCAGGCCCGGUUCAAGACAAACAGCCACACGAGGUAGAGGAACCUUUCGAGGAUAAUCCGCCAAAGCAAGCUCACGUCCAUGAACCGUCCUCAUGUUCAGAGUAA